CCAGAGAAAGAAAAGGCCGCCAUCGAAGAAAGCCUCUCUCGUCCACGCACAACCUGCUGCGCGCCCGCCCGUGCACACGUCGCCAUUUAUACGCCAUUUGUUCCCGACCGUGGUCUCUCGACUCUCCACUCUCAAAGCAGCAAACGGCCGAGAAGCGUUCCCGUGCGGUUAAUUAUUUUUCUGAGGCUCCGAGCUGCGCUGAGAAGAGAGAAGAGAGCAGAGAGAUGAGGAUCCAGUGCGACGCGUGCGAGGGCGAGGCGGCGACGGUGGUGUGCUGCGCGGACGAGGCGGCGCUGUGCGCGCGCUGCGACGUGCAGAUCCACGCCGCCAACAAGCUCGCCGGCAAGCACCAGCGCCUGCCACUCCACCACGACUCACCCUCAACCCGCAGCUCCCCCGCGCCGCGCUGCGACGUGUGCCAGGACAAGCCGGCCUUCGUCUUCUGCGUCGAGGACAGGGCGCUCUUCUGCGCCGACUGCGACCUCUCCAUCCACGUCCAGGGCGCGCUCUCGGGCAACCACCACCGCUUCCUCGCCACCGGAAUCCGCGUCGGCUUCGCCUUCACCACCGUCUGCAGCACCCACGCCGGCGAACGCCGCCCCCGGGCAGCGCCGUCCAAGCCGCCUCCGGCUGUCGUCCCUGCCCCGGCCCCGGCUGCCGCGCCGCAGGAGGUGCCCUCGUCCCCGGCGUACCUCUCGCCGUCGGGCUGGGCCGUCGAGGACCUCCUCCAGUUCUCCGACUACGAGUCCAGCGGCGACAAGAAGGGGUCGACGUCCCCUCUGGGGUUCAAGGAGCUGGAGUGGUUCGCCGACAUCGACGGACUGUUCCACCAUGACAGCCCGCUGGCGCCGGCCACGAAAGGCGUCAGCAGGACCGCCGCGGCCGAGGUCCCCGAGCUCUUCGCCUCGCCGCAGCCGGCGGGCAACGCGGGCUUCUACAAGGCGGCCGGUGCGCGCCCGAGCAAGAAGGCACGCGUGGAGCUGCCUGACGAUGAUGAGGACUACCUCAUCGUUCCCGAUCUCGGAUGAGAUAUCUAUCUGAACUGAGAACUGAGUCAGUAUAUACCAGUCUGUAUCACUGUAUGUUUGUAUGUGUGUACGCAGAGGAUUCUCCUUGUCUCCCGUCUUGUUCUCCCGAUUGCUUACCGUUUGUGGAACAAUAUGUAACUGUAACUCUGUAAGGCAAUUUCAGGAAAUAAUUUCAGGAGGAGAUGGUUUUCAUGAAUA